AUGCCGCUCGACAUUCUCUUUGAGAUCUUCAAGCUGGUUGAUCCGGUCGACCUCCUGCACCUUUCCCACGCGAACAAGACGCUUCGCAGUACGCUUCUGCGCAAGAGCUGCAAAUGGAUCUGGGAGUACUCCGUCAAGCAUUAUCGAACACCCAUACCGCCGUGCAUGGACGAUCGCCUUCCCCUUCCUCAAUACAUCAAUCUCUUGUUCACGCAGAAUUGCUUCGAAUGUGGAUCCAGCAAGGGGAAACACGCUCUCUGGUGCUUCUUCGAUCGAGUGUGCUCUGACUGCAUUCACGAGAAAUAUAUGGCCUUGGAUUCGUCCUUCACUGUGUCGCAUUCGGGCGUUCAUACUCGUUAUCGUAUGCCCGGGAGCAACAGUCGGAAACUAAAGCGCGUGGUGAGCAGACAGGAGUACGACGAAGUACGGCAGGAGCUAUGGUCCAUCGAGGACGGCAAGGAGCGAUGCGAACGUGAAUUAGAGAUUCACAAUGAGGCCUGUCGGAUUAUGAAGUUUGACGGCAUCAUCGAGGCCUUUUUUCAGCUGGAGAGGCGAAAGAAUAACCGGGACCUUUCCCGCAUCCGCAUUCAGCGUUAUAAUUUCCUCAUAGAGAAGCUCAAGGAAAUGGGGUACGAGGAUGAGCUGCCCAAGCUUCGAGCAUGGAAAGGAGGAUACCUCGACAAAUACAUUGAUAGGGACACGGAGCUCACUGCGCGAGGUUGGGUACUCAUGGCGCAGAAUGUAAAGGAGUACAUGGACGAGCUAAUCCGGCUCCGCAAGAAGGCGGUCGCGGUCGAGUCUGGCUCCGCAGGCGCACAAGCCGAGCCUCUCAGAGCUCGCGAUUCGGGAGCCGCUUGCGACGCUGUUCAUGCAGGACUUGCAGUCUGGAUCGACGGACGUCAUAUCUUCAUUCCCGGAUGA